UUGUUUGCUAACUCCAUCAACAACAUUUUACAAUAUAUCUAGCAGAAUAUCUGUUCAUCUACUCACAAGUUCAACAUCCCCACUUUCAAACACAUUGUUGUAUUGUGUUCAUACAUUCCAUAGUAGGAUCAUGAAGCAGAGUAAUGUAGACUUUUAUGAAAGUCUCUUUCUGUCUGUUCAUUAUUUGAUUUGCUAAAGUUACCAAACUUUACUAAAAUAAAUAGGCAUUCAUCUGACCUUUUCUCAGCAAAUAAAUGUUUAACAUUGGCAUUAAGAGCCCCGUUGAUGUCAAUUUUUUAGAAAGGCAAAUCCAAAUGGUUAAUUCUAGUCACAUUUAGCCAGAGGUCCCACAGUUUCAAGCAGUCCUACUGGGAGACAUGCAUACAUUUGAAAUAUAAGUGCUGAAUUCAACACUAAAAAUUAGUUGAAUACAAUGGAACAUGCAUAGAAAUAGGCUGGAUUUCCUUGACAACUUUGUUGCUCUGUGAAUGUAUUUUAGGACAUCAGCAACCAAACACUUCCUGGCAAUUAAUGCUUACUUCCUUCAAUUAGAAAAAAACAUAGACAAGUAAAAUUAUGUCUGCAAACUCUUAAUUUAGUUCUGUCCAGUUCCAUUAAAGACAUGCGUACACCAAAAUGUCACUUUAUUUACACUGUAUUCCUUAAAAUGCCAUUGUCAGAUACUUAAUACAGCUUUAACAUGACUACCGUUUCUGUUUAGGAAAAUUAUGGAAAACUGAUGAAACUGGUUGAAUAUGGUCAUGGUUAUAGUAUGAUCAUGACAAAAAUAUCAAGAGCAAAGCAGAACUUCUACAAAACAGUUAGUGAUAUGCAUGCUCUUUUUUUAAUUCAUCUAGUAACUUGAUAUAUGCAAGUAAUAAAAUGUGUAUUUCCCAGAUCUUUUGUAGUGGAACCCCCCAGCUCUGUGCCAGGUUAAAAUCAUCCUACAUACCCAGAAAUUAUAGCUGCAGUUUUGUCCUCUUUGUUUUACAUUUUCAUUUGUUAUGGCUGUUUGUUUUUAUGAUAUUGUAUUAAUUUGUAUACUAUCUGGGAUUCCUCUGGACAAAGGUCAUGGGAACAGUAUUUGAAAUAAAGGACCUCAGUUCUAAUUUUAAGGAGUUCAAUUAAAAAAGCAACAGGAAAAUGUUCUGAUUUUUUUUUUAAAAAAUGAAUUAUAAAAUUAUUAUACUGAAGUAAUGUGAAUUUCUUCAACCCUCAAAUUCAUGUUUUCUAAGUAAUAGCAGCCUAUGACAUGAAGGGCAGGAGCACUCCUUUCACAAUACUUUUUUUGGAAUUUACCAUAAUCCUUUUAACUCCUGUAAUUAUGCGUAGGUUCCAGAGUGACUAGAGUGUUAAAAAUACCUAGGACUGUACAUGGAAUGCUUUCAUUUCUCCAAAUUCUAAACGUUCUACAGUCCUCUGUGCUAAAGGAAAGAAACCAUAAAGAAGCUAUGUUUACUUGGGAGCCUUCAUCUUUUGGAAGCAAAAUAAUGUAGCUUCCGAAAUUUCUUUGUUUCUGUAAUCUGAGACAUGUAAUCUAUGUAUCAGAUAUCAUGUAGCUGUUACAUGCUGACACUGAGCUGAGCUGUAAAGCAAGUGGGAUGAAAAAGGGAACAUGAGUUUCAAAUCUCAAUUUUUUAAUAACACCUUCCUGCCAAAUAUUAGAGAGGGAGAUGUUAACUCAAAUGCCUUUUUUAAAAGAUCGAAUCAUUCAAAAGUCUUUCUCAGUGUUGAAAAAGCACAGUCUUACGUGAUGAGAUAUGGAAAAUACUUCACCUUCUGGUGGUGAAGGCUAUUCUGUCUAGCAUUGGUUUGGGUAAAUGACUGGCCAAACACGAUGCAAGUGACCGUGACACUGGUCAGUCCAUCACAUUAUCUGUGGGCAGUACUUAGGACUGAACAGCAAAACACACUUGCUUUUCCCUCACUGCAAGUGUAUUUACAAGACUAAUUCAAGCCAUCAGAAAAUUAGAAUUUUUUUUAAUGAUGCAGAGGUGUAUAUAUUCCUCAUAGUGCUGCAUUAUCAUUCAAAGGUCAGGUUUAAUUUAGAACAUAACUGCAAGUAAGUUCCAUAUUUAGUUUAGCUAUGAUGUCUUCCUAUUUCACAUACGGGUCAGAGUCAGCCAGAGGCAAAACAUCGAGGUGCCACCAUUUCUUACCCUUCUUUGUACAAAGUUAACUGCUGGUAUUGCAAUGAACAAAGGCUAAGAAAUGCUACAUGGCAUAAGCUUAUGCAAAACAACAUAUGGUGAAGUAGGGUACAAUUCACACAUGGUUAUGCCAUAAUACAUUUGUUAGGUUUUUAAGAUUCCGCAGGAUGUGCGUGCCUGUGUGUGUGCACGUGCGUGACUGCGUGCCCUUGGAAACUGGCAUAAUGCACACCUGUUGCAAUACUGUGGGAGAGUGACGUUUUAUUAAGAAAAUCUUACCCCUCUCCACCAGAUACAGUUGCUCAUAUUUUUGAGAGUGUUUGCUUUUCAUAAAUCUUGCAGCUUAUUUUUUGGGAGGGUUUGGGAAACAAUGCAGAAGGCCUAUCCAGAUGUACAAUAGGAACAUCAACGAAACAAAUGUUUCUGAGUACACACGGAUGAGGCCAGUAGGCUUGGUUUCAACCCUCUUGAAAUCUUUGAGCUUUAAACCAUUGCUUUCGAGGUGACCAUUACUAUUAGAGUGAGUAAUCAUGCUCUGUAAGGUUUAAGUCUAGACUUCAAGGCUCUGAACACACCUUGUCCUCGGAAAGAAAGAAAAAUGAACCCAGGCUGCAAUCUAUGGAACAUUUUGACUAACUAGUAAUUUUCAGAGUGAUCUUACUUGCAUUAAUAGCUGUGUGCAUUAAAAGCAUCCACUUUGUAGCUAUUAUAAACAUGUGUUCCUAUAUCGCUAAAGGUACAUUUUAGGAGGGAAAUGCAAAUUGAGUUUUAAGUUCUCUAUCCCAUCUUUUUAUUCAUUCUAAACCUGAUAUCUGAACGGCAUUUUUCCUACCCUUUAACUCAGCUUUUUUAACAUGAUGCAGAACUUUUGGCCUUGCAGCAGUUUUGAACUACAGUACUGUUCCCACAAUCCCCUCAAAGACUUUUAGGUUCAAAAUAUCUGGAGGGCCACACCUGACCUGGGGAGGGAGUCAAAAAUCCACAACGCACGUAAAUUUAAAGCAAAAUAAUUAUUCCAUCUUGCAAUUUAUAUGCAUUCAUAUACAUAUACAUAUAUGCAUUUGCCUUGUUCUCUUGAACUUGCUGCCUGCCUGAGCCAGCGGAAAUAUUAUGUAUCUAAAUUAGGUCAUUCUUUAAAUUUGGUCUAGCAGUUAGUAGGAAUCUAUUUACUGGAUGAGAGCAAAGUCUGGCGUUUUCAUAGCAGUUUCGCAAUCCCCGUCAGCGCCUGUGUAGAGAUCAUAUUACCGGAGAUCACAAGGCUUUGGCACAAGGUCUGGAGUUCUGUCAAGAGAGAGAGUGUGUGUGUUUGUGUGUGUAAUGCAGGCACAUUCGAUCCCCUGUCACUAGUACAGCUUGCAGCCUUGACGUUUGGGGGGAGGGGGAGAGGGGGCAGCCGCGCUUCAGUUUCAUCCCUUGAUGCUAGUCCAGAUGUCCAUUUCAAACUUUCCAAAGAAUGUCUUUAUUGCAGCUGCUGAAAAGGCGGCUUUUCCUUGGCGAUGUACACCGUGUUGGAAAAGCCUUUAGGGGUCCUGGGAGAGCCUCGCCUCUCCAACCUAAGCACGUCGCCAAGGAGGUCCUCUGCCCCGGGUCCGGGUGGCUUCUCUUCAGGCGCCGUUUAGCCCCACGCACGGCAAAGCCAACACUCCUGGCCAGCCCUUCGCCACGGCGAGCCCCGAGGAGAAGCCUUUUCCAGCCAGUGAGCUCUUGCUGCCGCCGCCGCCGCCCUCUCGCACACUGCGCGCCCUUCCCGGGGGUGUUCGCAGCCCCCCCCCACGCGCGCCAAGUCUUUUUCUGCGGAGUCCCCGCUUCUUUUGUCUCCGAGACGCCCUGCGUCUCUCCUGGCGAUACACCCUCGCCCCGUCCUGGCGCGCCUUUCCCUUCCCGGCCUUCGUCAGAAAACUCCCGGCUCGCCGGCCCGCAAAAACAUGCCGCGCUGCUCGUCGUCCUGCCCCUGGCACGCAUACGCAACCCGCGCACACAGACACAAAACCCCGGAGAGGCAGGCAGAGCGAGAGCGCGCCGACUGCCUGGCUGCCCCGAGGAAUGCGCGCAGCCCAUCGUGCCUGCCCAUCCAAUGGCUCCUCCUAGCCCUAGCAGCAAUAACAACAGCAGCAGCAGCAGCAACUCAGGAUGGGAUCAAUUAAGUAAAACAAACCUUUAUAUCAGAGGGCUGCUUCCAAACACCACUGACCAGGACUUAGUAAAGUUAUGCCAACCAUAUGGGAAAAUUGUGUCUACGAAAGCUAUUCUGGAUAAAACAACAAACAAAUGCAAAGGUUAUGGUUUCGUAGACUUUGACAGCCCAGCAGCAGCUCAGAAAGCAGUAUCCGCCCUGAAGGCCACUGGAGUCCAAGCACAGAUGGCAAAGGAAAGCAGACAAAGGGAAGGCAUGGCAUGCAGUACAGAGAAAACAAGGGUGAAGAUGGGAGAAAUAAAUACGCAAAAGCAACAAGAACAGGAUCCAACUAACUUAUAUAUUUCCAAUUUGCCACUUUCAAUGGAUGAGCAAGAGCUUGAGAAUAUGCUGAAACCCUUUGGACAAGUCAUCUCGACAAGAAUACUUCGUGAUUCUAAUGGCACAAGUCGUGGAGUUGGUUUUGCAAGGAUGGAAUCAACAGAAAAAUGUGAAGCAGUAAUUGCUCAUUUUAACGGAAAGUUCAUUAAAACACCUCCAGGAGUUUCUGUUCCUGCAGAACCUUUGUUGUGCAAGUUUGCAGAUGGAGGACAAAAAAAGAGGCAAAAUCAGAACAAAUAUAUACAAAAUGGAAGAGCAUGGCACAGAGAAGGCGAGGUGAGACUUGCUGGGCUGACACUUACUUAUGAUCCAACUACAGCUGCUUUACAAAAUGGAUUCUACCCUUCACCAUACAGUAUUGCGACAAACAGAAUGAUCACUCAGACGUCUAUCACGCCCUAUAUUGCUUCUCCAGUUUCUACAUACCAGGUGCAAAGCCCUUCUUGGAUGCAGCCACAACCGUAUAUAAUGCAGCAUCCCGGUGCUGUAUUAACUCCUUCCAUGGAGCACACCAUGUCGUUGCAGCCUGCAUCAAUGAUAAGUCCACUGGCACAGCAGAUGAGUCACCUUUCAUUGGGCAGUACUGGAACAUACAUGCCUGCCACAACAGCUAUGCAAGGAGCCUAUAUACCCCAGUAUACACACGUUCAGACCGCAGCUGUUCCAGUUGAGGAGGCCAGUGGUCAACAGCAAGUUACAGUAGAGACGUCCAGUGAUCAUUCUCCCUAUACUUAUCAGCAGAACAAGUAAUUGUGAGAUAUGUUGUGUUGACCUUGCCUAGAGAAGGAUGCAAAGGCUGAAACAAUCAUGGAUUUUACUGAUCAAUUGUGCUUUAGAAAUUAUUGACAGUUUUGCACAGGUUCUUGAAAACGUUAUUUAUAAUGAAAUCAACUGAAACUAUUUUUGCUAUAAGUUCUAUAAGGUGCAUAAAAAAGAAAAAGAAAAAAAUCCUUAAAUUCAUCCUAGUAGCUGUUUCCCCCCCCCAGCCCGCCCCAGACAGGUUUAUUUUAGUAAGAAAUUUUUUAUCAAGUGUUAAUGACAAAAAAAAGGAAAAGAAAAAAAAAGAAAAAUUCUAGCCAUGCACAGAUUGCAAUGGAGACAUAUUCAUGUGCAUGACAGAAUCCGUCUCUUGGGUUUUUUAUUUUAUUUUCUUAUAAUUUUUAAAAAAUUGCAUAAGAUUUUUUUUUGAAGUUACUAGUUUAAAUCAUCCAUGCCGAUGCUCUGUGCUUGCUGUGUGAGUGUCGCUCUAGUGCCGUGUUGCAGUUGUAGUGUCGGUUUCCAUAGCUUUCUGUUUGUUUCUUUUAAGGUAGUGUGAAGUGUCUUAUCCUUUUUCUAUCAAUUCCAAUUUGCCUUAACUCUUUUAAUGCUGUAGCUGUUUCAGUACGUAGUCCAAACUAAUGGUGUAGAAUGCUUUUGACCAAAUGAGCUGGUCUAUUAUGCCUUUGUAAAACAGCAGGAUAGGGCUUUUAAGAGGUAGUCAAUUAAAAUUGCUGAAAAAUCUGGCUUUUAAAAAAUGUGUAGUAGGUGUUUUUAAUGAUUUUUUUCCUCACAUAAUAAUGUAAGGUUGUGAAAUGCAAGAUUGGGGGGUAGGGAAAUGUUUUGUGUGAAACACAUUUUUCUGACUGGGGAAAUUUUAAUAGGAUAAAUUGUUUGUAAGGCCUUACGCCAAUUAGUUUUCCUCUGCUAGUUAGGAACUCUGCUGUAUGAUGCAAUGUAAACAAAUCUUUUUGCCUUUUUCCAGAAGCUAAUUGAUGGUCUAGUUUUAGGGUGGGGAGGU